AUGGUGUACGCGGGUCCUGGAAACGCUCGACAACCUGGCGACAACCUGGGCAAGUACUCUUUGGUUAUGAAAUUUGGUGGAUCUUCGAUAGCAUCAUCUCAGCGAAUGCGCGAGGUUGCUGAAAUAGUUAUCACCGUCCAGGAUGAUUUGCCGGUCGUGGUUCUUUCGGCAAUGGGGAGGACAACCAACAAUCUGCUUGAUGCUGGGGAGCUGGCACUGAAAUGUGAUAACUCUGAUGAGGUUGCAAACUUGGAGCCAAUAGUUGAAAUUCGAGCCUGUCACAUCUCUGCCAUGCACGAGUUGAACAUAGAUUCUGAUACCUUUCAGGAAGUAUGCAAACUUUUAGAUAAGAUGGAACAGCUUUGCACCGGCAUCGCUCUGAUGCAAGAGUGUACGGGCCGAACACGCGCAACCUUAGUUUCUUUUGGUGAGCGCAUGAGUUCCCGCAUCUUCUCUUCGUACCUUCGCUCUCUUGGACUUCGUUCCAGACAGUUUGAUGCAUUUGACGAGCUCGGAUUCAUUACUAGCGAUCAGUUUGAAAAUGGUGUUAUUCGCGAGCAAACUUACUCGAAUGUAAAAGCUGCUUUGACUCGGAGAAGUGAUGAGCCUGCGUCAAUUGCCGUUGUCACAGGCUUCCUCGGGCGAGGGGAGAAGACUGGUGCAAUCACAACACUGGGUCGUGGUGGGUCAGACUUGACUGCAACAGUAAUCGGAUCUGCACUAAACGUGCCAGAGGUACAGGUGUGGAAAGAUGUGGAUGGUGUCCUCUCCGCUGAUCCACGUGAAGUUGAAGGAACGAUCCCGUUGACUUUUUUGUCAUUUCACGAGGCAACUGAGUUGGCUUAUUUCGGAGCUCAGGUUUUGCAUCCCCAGUCAAUGCGCCCUGCGAUGGACUCAGAUAGUCUUUGCGUGCGUGUCAAGAACUCGUAUAAUAUUGAAGCUCCUGGAACUCUGAUAGGUCACGUGCGUUCUACACGAGACAGUGACUGGAUUCUGACUGCGAUAGUGCGCAAAAAGAAUGUGACACUGCUUGACGUCGUUUCAACACGAAUGCUUGGACAAUAUGGUUUCCUAGCACGAGUUUUUGCAGUGAUGGAGAAAGCCAGAAUUUCUGUUGACUGUAUCGCGACAUCCGAAGUCAGUGUGUCUCUGACCCUCGACCCAGCAAAGUUGUGGAGUCGCGACCUUGUGAAAGAAGAGCUUGAGGCUUUGGUAAGAGAUUUUGAAAAUAAUGGAAUCGCGCGGGUAAGCUACACUACUGGAAAUUCACUCGUCUCACUCAUUGGAAAUGUAGAAAGAAACAACGAAAUAAUGGAAAGGUCAUUUCGUGCGCUCGGCAGUGCAGGGAUUCGAGUUAAAAUGGUUAGCCAGGGCGCGAGUAAAACCAAUAUAUCACUCCUGGUCAGCGAAAGUCAAGGGGCACAAGCAGUUCGAGCAAUUCAUGCAGAGUUUUUCAGGGCCCGUCAGCUUUCAGAAGACCAAAACAAAAGCAAGUAG